GUCUAUGUUGAAUGUAUUUUCUUAUAUGGUUAUUUCCAGGUUGUACCAGCAUGGCUGCAUUGCUUGCCCAUAAAAGGUGAUUUGAUCGAAGCAAAAGUUGUACAUGAGCAGCUGUGUUCAAUGGUGGAACGGUCCGACGCUGAGCUAUUGGGUCCCAACAAUCAGUAUCUUCCUAAGAUUGUUUCAGUUUUUGCCGAGGUGUUAUGUGCCGGUAAGGAUCUGGCAACGGAACAAACAGCCAGUAGAAUGGUUAGUCUGUUGAGGCAGCUUCAACAGACACUACCACCGGCAACCCUGGCUUCAACAUGGUCAUCCCUUCAGCCUCAACAACAGAUGGCCCUUCAGUCCAUUCUAUCAUCUUAGUGCCUGCUUCUCAAGUUGGAAAAGAGGAAAACGCUCGAACACCGUCUUUCUUCUCCACAAUGAUGAUGAAACUUGUGGGCCCCGCUUUCGUUCAUUGAGAGGUGAAAUCAGAUUUAUAUUUGAAUUGUUGAUUCUUUGUGUCGUGAAAUGCCAUUCAUCGUCCACCGUUUGAGCUUGGGAAAAAAAAAUAUGCAAGCAGAGAUGUAUACAUUUUUUCUUUUAGUUCUCCUUGUUUCAUUUUGGGGUUUGGAAGUGUAUAUUUGUUGUGUCAAGCCAUUGGUUUUGGGGGGGAUUCUACUUCGGUUUAGUGAGAUCUCUUGGUUUCCCCUCCCUUUUCGGUGACCGUUUUGUGGUUCAAGGGUUGUCAGGGAGGCAGUUCUUGGCUCAGUUUUGU